AUGUUACUUGAUCCAUCUGUUCUACGUCCAAUUCAAUAUCAUAAAGAACAAGAGCAACUCAUAAAUAAGACACAAAGUCAAAUGAUGUCAAACGUAUUAACUACUGGUGAUCGACAAAUAUAUUCUCUCAUUGAUCGUCUAAUGGGAUCAAAACGAAAAUGGCCAUUAUCUGGACCAAACAAUGGUCCACUACCAUCGGCAGUGCCAAAAGAAGAAUUGAGAGUAAGAAAUUUUAUGGAAAGUUGUGUGUUUAAAGCAGGGAUUAGUUGCGUGGGAGGAUGUGUGAUUGGUGUUGGUUUGGGUGUGUUUACAGCUUCGAUAGAUCCAAUGUCAACAAUUCAAACAUCACGUCCAGGUGAGAUACCAACGUUGAAAGAUGUUUGGCGAGAAAUGAAGGCUCGUUCAAUUGGUUAUGCAAAAAAUUUUGCCAUUGUUGGACUGGUAUUUAGUACAAUUGAGUGUAACAUUGAAACAUAUCGUGCAAAAGCUGAUAUUAAAAAUGGAACAUACGCCGGUUUUGUUACUGGUGGACUUUUAGGAUUUCGCGCUGGUCUACAGGCGGGCGUCCUUGGAGCACUUUUUUUUGCUACAUUUUCAACAGCAGUCGAAUACUAUCUAAUGUAUCAUUAUUAG